AUGGGGUUUUCAGCCCGUUUCCUCCGCGUACCGCGGCCAGAGACGUUUCUUUAUGUGAUGAGCCUGGAGACAGGCGCUUCUUUAAUCACACUUUCCCUGCUGCUGAACAAGAUCAGCGGUCUCUAUGGCCUGCUCGCCUUAUUGACCGGCUACCAUCUGUCGCCAGUCCAGCUCUCUAUGUACCUCUAUUCGCUUAUUGCGCUCGGUCUUACAGCAUAUCUCUUCCCGCAUAUUCGGAAGCAGUCGCCCCUGCAGUGCCUCGCCCUCGCUUGGCUCUACCUCUUCGACACAGUCAUCAAUGCCGCAUACACAGCUGCGUUCGGGGUGACAUGGUUUCUCGUUAUCUCACAGCACUACGAUAACGGGACCGCAAAGGGGCCGGGCAGCGACACAAUCUCCCAGACCGCCGGCUUCACCAACCCCAAAUACGGCUCCUCGUCCACCAAUGGAAACUCCGCACGAAGCCCGGACGGCCUCACCAACGCCGUCACCCAGCCCGAGAGUUUCCAAAGCAUUGUGUUCAUCUGCUUGCUGUGGAUUAUCCGCAUUUACUUCGUGUUCGUUAUGCUCGCCUUCGCCCGCCAGAAAUUACGUCUCUACGUCGCGAUCCCCCGCCACACACAGCUUCCCACGCACAGCCGCAAUACCUCCGUUGCUAGCGUUGCUAGUGUUGCUGAUAUCGACCGGGAGCCGUUCUCGCCUUAUAGUCCUGAUGGUCAAGGCUGGCAGGGCAAGCUUGGCCGCCUUAUGAUUGGCCUUGGUCGCAGUUACUGGCUGGGCGAAGACGAGGACGGUGCCUGGUUGGACAGCAUGGGUCGCAAGUUUCGUGCUCGUGGCCAGGAGCUUCCUGGUCCUUUGGAACGAGAAAGAAGGCGCCGGUCGGGCACCGGGCCUCCACAGCCCUCGCAAGCCACAGUUCAGGCCGCUGCACUGCAGCAACCGAUCCCGGAGAAUCUAAAGAUGCAUGACUGGACUGACGGCCGGUGA